AUGCCGAUCCGUCCCGCUACCAGAUCCGAUAUACCUGCCAUGGCGGAAAUAUAUGCCGCAGCUUUCAGGGCCGACCCUUUAUUCCGGUUCCUGUUCCCUUACGUGGACGAACACCCAGAAGCGUUCGUUCAGGCCGCCAGAGAGAACCUUUCGGUGGCGUGGUGGGAUUUUGGCCAAAUUCUCAUGGUGUCGUACAAAGCCAGCCAAGGCAGCCCGGGACAGGGUCAGGACGAGCGGACUGCAUUGCUGGCCAGUGAAGCAGCGAAACAAGAUACUGAAAGCCUAACCCUCACGGGCUUCGCCCAGUGGGAACGGAUGGGCAAAGGAUGGGAGCACCUACAUGGGAUUUGGGGGUGGUGGGAUCCUCGUCUCUUGAUAAAGCCUACGGUGUCGACAUUCUACAGAAUCCGCCGAUACAUUUGGCCCAACAAGGCGGCAGCGCGGCCAACCCCAGAGGAUCCUGACCCCCUGACCAUCUGGAACUUCGUCCCUCGCAUACUUCCUUUCUGCGGUCACUUUUUCAGUGCACCGCAUCGUCAAGUACGCUGGUCAUUGGAGGUUCUAGGCGUCCAUCCCGAUCAUCAAGGCAAAGGGUAUGGGAGAGAGCUUGUAGAGGACGGACUAUUGAGAGCGAAGAAGGACCCGGAAGGAGACCUUCCCGUGUGCGUUGUUGCUGCCGACGGCAAAGAAGCUUUCUACCUCAAGGUCGGGUUCAAUGAGAUAGUUGGGUACACGAGCAAGACGGUCGCGGAGGACGGCAGCGACAAUCCGUUGAGGCAGAAUGGGAUCGGGGGUGGAGCGAUACUCUGGACGAAGUGA